AUGUGAUUGCUGUGCACUUUUCUAGGCUCAGAGCAAGGCGAUCGCGGGAGGUGGAGGCGUUGAUAUCGAGUUCAACGGUAUGGUUGAUGCCUUCGUCCAGACUGUGAAGAAGAACGGAAUUCUUGGACUGUGGCGUGGAACCACCGCCAACCUGGCUAAGGUUGCACCAUAUGCCGGGUUCAUGUUCAUGGGCUUCGAAGCCAGCAAGAGAGUGUUCCUGUACAGCAACGGAUACACAACAAGCCCGAUCUGGGACAACCCCAAGCCCGGUGUGGACCAGAGUUUCACACCCACCGAGCUGGCCGCAUGGUACAAAAAGGAGAAGGAGCUCGGCCACGACCAUGACCAUUAGAGAGUUCGCGAUUAGGCAAUGCACUAGGUCGCUUGGUUCCAAUUUGUUUGUUAGUAUGGUCGAACUCAUAUGUCAGUUGUGUCGCCCAUUCGCAUAAGCUCAUCAUGCAAAAUGUCUAGUUAUAAACUUUUGAAAACGUCUUUUGUCUGUAACUGCAGUGCCUGAAACAAAAUGGCUACUUCUCUGUAAUACAAAUUAUAUAGUAUGCGCAGAGGUUUGCAUAUGUGGAUAGUAUUUUCUUUUCAAAUAUGCAAUCCCCUCUCCGGACUCUGAUGGUAGACCAGAGCGACAGAAACGAAACCCACGUGUCUCGGUGAUAUGUCUGUGUUAACUAGGAGUGUGCUUCUAAAGUAGCAGCUCUUAAGAUCCAUUUCCGGAAAUGGCUUUUAACAAGUUGUCAGGUACUUGUAAAAAGUUAUACUGUAUUGUUAAUAAAUGAAAGAGCUCUGUAACAUAA